AUGAACCUGAAGGCACUAAAGAAGCCGGAAUUGUUAAACUUGGCCAGAGAGUUGGGCCUCCAAAUUGCCGAAGCGAAGAGAAAACCGAAGAUCAUUGAGGCUAUCGAAGCGAUCGGGGCGGACGACGAUGAACUGAAAGAAUGUUUAGAAAGCAUUGAGCAUAAGGAGGAAGAGCGCGAGCGGGCAGCGCGUGAAGAAAAAGAAGAGUGCGAGCGGGCAGCGCGUGAAGAAAAAGAAGAGUGCGAGCGGGCAGCGCGUGAGGCCAAAGAAGAGCGCGAACGUGUUGCACGCGACGCACUCGAAAUGAAGCGCCUAGAAAUUGAGUUGCUAAGGGCUCAAAAUAAUGAGAGACCUAGCACAGAGGCACGAGAAAGCGAGCGCAGAAUGACAGACUUGAUGGCAUCCUACGCAGUAGGAGGGGACAUAGGUCUUUUUCUAGUGCAGUUUGAGCGCGUGUGUGAGAAGGAAAAAUUUGCCAGAAACACGUGGCCGCAACGCUUGCUUACGUUGCUGCCACGAGAGGUAGCUGAUAUCAUAGCCCGCAUGGGGAAAGAAGAAGCAGAGGACUUCGAUAAAGUCAAGGCGAGUCUGCUUAAAAAGUAUAGAUUAUCAGCAGACGCAUUCAGGCGAAAAUUCAGGGAGAUCAAAAAGACCAAAAGUGAGUCAUACUCAGAUUUCGCAUACACCUUAGAGGUAAACCUGAAAGAAUGGCUCAGAGAAGCGGGUGCACUCGGCGACGCCAAAAAGACAAUGCAGUGCGUUGCCUUAGAACAGUUCUUCCGCCGGCUGCCGGAAAACAUCAGAUAUUGGGUUCAGGAUAGGCCAGGCGUAGACACUAUCACAAGAGCGGCUGAUCUCGCUGAGGAGUACGUAACUCGCCGUGCCCUUGAAGGCAAAGAAGCUCCUAAGGAGAUGAAUAAAUACCGACCCAACAAGCCAGAGCGUUGGUCAAAGUCAAGUCAGUAUAAAUCAAAGGAAAGGUCAGAGUCGGUGAAAAAUAGUGACGAGAACAGCAAGGGAAAGGAGGAGUCACCAGAACAGAAAGCAGAAAGGCAAAAGAAAAAAGCUUUCGAGGCAAAGAAACCAGUAGUUUGCUACAACUGCCAGCAAACGGGGCAUAUCUCUGUGGGGUGCAAAAAUCCCAAACUAGUGUUGAUGUCACUAUGUAGAAACGAGGAAAAUCUGAAGUUACUAGAACCGUACAUUCGAGACCUCAUGGUAAACGGGAAACCGUGUCGGGUGCUUCGCGACUCGGCAGCCACGAUGGACGUGGUGCACCCGUCGUACGUGGAGGAAGGCCAGUUCACGGGAGAAUGUGCUUGGAUAAGGCAAGCCGUGGAGGCCUCCAGUGUUUGUCUCCCUGUAGCAAAGAUUAGCAUCGAAGGCCCUUUCGGAGUACUGGAGACUGAAGCCGCCGUCUCGGCACAUCUCCCGCCGCAGUAUCCAUAUUUGUUUUCUAACAAAUCCGAGGAUUUGCUGCGACGCAGGGGAAUCGGGUUUAGUGAGGGAAUAGUCCAAGCCCUAACUCGUUCCAAGGCAAGAGAGCUCGCGGCCAAGGCCGUGUACGAAUGUCCAGUGGUGGAGGAAACAUGUUUGACGGAAGAUUUGUCAACCGGCACCAAACAGGACAGCCCUAUAGGGGACAGUGCGGAAAGUACACUAGGUAAUGAAGAGGCCAGGAAAUCGCCAGAGCCGGAGAUGUCUCGAGAGGCAGAAUGCAGAAGAACGUUAUUUAAUGUAAGCCCUGCCACAUUAAUUGCUGAACAGGAAAAAGAUUCCACCCUGCGGAACCUAAGGCCAGACGCGAAAGAAGGUGUGGCCAAGCAUAACGUAAAGUUCCUCAAGAGGGCAGGCGUCCUCUAUAGAAAGUACGCCAGUCGAAAGGGAGUGCAAUUCGACCAACUCGUGGUGCCGCUUGCCUAUCGUGAGCAGCUCCUACAUUUGGUCCACGGGGGCUUUUGGACGGGGCAUAUGGGCAUUCGGAAAACAAAGGACCGCUUACUGCAGGAAUUUUACUGGCCCGGCUGCUUUCGGGAAGUGGAAGCAUUCGUGAGAAGCUGCGACACAUGUCAACGCAUAGGCAAGCCCGGAGAUAAGGCUAAGGCGCCAAUGAAACUUGUUCCCAUUAUCACGGAGCCAUUUCGCAGACUCAUAAUAGACACAGUGGGACCACUUCCUGCAACGCAGUCUGGCUAUCGGCAUAUUCUCACUGUACUAUGCCCUGCAACGAAAUUCCCAGAGGCGGUACCCCUCAAAGAACUCAGCUCGGUGGAGAUCGUCAACGCGCUUUUGUCGAUUUUCGCGCGAGUGGGGUUUUCCGCAGAAAUCCAGUCAGAUCAGGGAUCCGUCUUUACGAGCGCACUGACCUCGACGUUUCUGGAAACGUGCGGUAUUAAAAUUAUUCAUAGCUCAGUGUACCACCCGCAGUCAAAUGCGGUAGAGAAAGUCCACUCAGUCAUGAAACGGCUUUUGCGAGCCCUUUGUUAUGAGCACAAAGCCGAUUGGGAGGUUUGCUUGCCGGCGGCAAUGUUCGCGCUUCGAACUGCACCGCACGAGUCAACAGGUUUUUCACCUUCGGAGCUCGUUUACGGUCGCUGCCUUCGAUCCCCUCUUCGCAUUGUUCGAGAAGCCUGGGAAGGCCGGGCCGACGAUCCUUCGGUUGUGGCAUACGUGCUAGAGCUGUUAGACCGACUGCACACAGCUCAAGAAUUAGCAGGGCAGGAAAUGCAUAAGGCCCAAAGCAAUGCUAAGCAUUACUAUGACAGGACGGCUCGAACGCGACGCUUUGAAGUUGGAGAAAAGGUAAUGAUUCUGAAACCCUCCUUGAAAAACAAACUACAGGUUCAAUGGGAAGGACCGGUUGACAUAAUUCAGAAAUUAUCUGAUACAAACUACCUAAUCACGGUACCGGGAAAACGAAGGACCCCACAAGUGUACCACAGCAAUCUACUGAAACCCUACCGGCAGAGGGAGGCCAUUGUGAACAUGGCGCUGAACCUACCCGAGGAGAUGCCUGUCGACUUUCCAGAGUUAACAUCCAUAACGGGGGCAAAAGACAUGCACGAGACCAUUGACAAACUAGUAGAGCAGGCGGAGUUGAAUCCCGAUCAAAGGGCCGAACUAAGGGAACUCGUGUGUGAAUUUAAAGACAUAUUUUCGGACACACCAGGCAGGACCACUGCGAUCGUUCAUGACAUCGAGUUAAUCUCAUCGGACCCAGUUCGUUCGAAAGCUUAUCGCGUUUCACCUCGUCAACGACAAGUCAUGGCCACCGAAAUAAACAAGAUGUUAGAGCUAGGUGUAAUCGAGCCAGGCGAGAGUGAUUAUACCUCGCCUCUUAUCUUGGUAGAGGUCCCAGGAAAGGAGCCACGACCAUGUAUCGACUACCGCAGGCUCAACUUAAUCACGAAGGACCAGACCUACCCAAUACCACACAUCGAGGAAAGACUUGAAAGAGUGAGCAGUGCUAAUUUCAUCUCUACGCUGGAUUUGGUCAGAGGCUACUGGCAGGUUCUGUUGACCGAGAGGGCAAGCAGGCUUGCAGCGUUUAUUUCCCCGAUGGGAACCUUUCGGCCGAAAGUCCUGAGCUUUGGUUUGAAGAAUGCUCCAUAUUGUUUCUCCAGCCUUAUGGACCAGGUGCUACGGGGAAUGGAGGACUUUGCCCUUCCGAGACGAAAAGUUGCGAGACCUGUGUGCAAGCCCUGUUUCACCGGUCCGGACCAGGGAGAGAAGGCCUACAAGAGCACCCCGAGAACUGAUGAACGACUCCAGGGAAUCUGCAGGCUACGAACCAAGGGUUCGUCACCACAGAGGGAAGUUCUGCUGCUGAAACGCCGAUCCCUCGCCCAGUGGCUGCUGGCCCCUACGCGUCGGGAUCUUCUUCCCCUGCCGGAGAUGCUGUUACGGUUGACUGUGCACCUGCCAGCUGCCAUGUCCACGGAAGAUGACGACAUCGCACUGGGCUAUCAACAACGCCAUAAGCAAAGAGUCGAGAAGAGCCUCACCGACCUCUUUAGCGUCGGGGACAAGGUCCACUUUGAUGCCCAGCCAAAUGCAAAGACGACCAACUACGCCAGGAAGUGGUGGGCCACCAAUGUCAAAAGAGUGCAAAGUGCUGAACUUGCCUAG